CGCCGCCACCAGCAGCAACAGCACCGGUACCGAUCUUCUCUAUGUGAGCUUCUCCGGAUGGCGAUAGACCGGCGACGAGAGGAGGGUGGAGGUGGAGGAGGGCGGCAGCUACCCGAGGAGAACGGCUCUUUGCCGGCCGGGGAGGCGGACCCUGCGGCUGCGGCGACGGCCGCCCCUCCUGCCGGGGGUCUGGCGGCGGAGAUCCAGAGCCUGCCUCCGCCUCCGCCUCCUUCCGGGUCGUGCAACCCGCUGCUCUUGGAUUACGAUGGCUCGGUGCUGCCUCUCCUGGGCGGGCUGGGCGGCGGGCACCAGAAGACCCUCAUCCUGCUCACCUGGAUCCCGGCCCUGUUCAUCGGCUUCAGCCAGUUCUCGGACAGCUUCCUCUUGGUGCAGCCUGUCUCUUGGUGCAAGGGCACGGAUGGGCAGGGCAACUGGACGGGGCACCCGCACCUGCCCGCUGCUGCUCGGGGCCUCGCCACCAGCCCCAGCUACAACCACAGCAGCAGCAGCAGCUACAGCAGAGGAAUGCUGGCGGCGCCAGAACUGCCCACCCCAGAGGGGAAGAACGACAGUUACUGUGACUGUAGCGAGAGGUAUCACCGGAUCUCGGCUGGCCUCCAGCAGAACAUCGUCAGCAAGUGGGAUCUUGUUUGUGAUUCUGCCUGGAAAGUCCACAUCGCAAAAUUCUCCCUGCUUGUAGGAUUAAUCUUUGGCUACCUAAUAACAGGAUGUAUAGCUGACUGGGUUGGUCGUCGGCCAGUGCUGCUCUUCUCUGUUCUGUUCAUUUUGAUAUUUGGACUGACGGUGGCCCUGUCCGUGAAUGUGACGAUGUUCAGCACACUCAGGUUUUUCGAAGGGUUUUGCCUGGCUGGAAUAAUCCUUUCGUUGUACGCACUGAGAAUAGAACUCUGUCCUCCUGGCCACCGUUUCAUGAUAACGAUGGUGGCGAGUUUUGUAGCAAUGGCAGGGCAGUUCCUCAUGCCGGGUUUGGCUGCCCUCUGCCGGGACUGGCAAGUUCUUCAAGCUGUCAUCAUUUGCCCUUUCCUGCUGAUGUUGUUGUACUGGUUUGUUUUCCCGGAAUCCCUUCGGUGGCUGAUGGCCACCCAACAGUUUGAAGCUGCAAAGAAGCUCAUCCUUCACAUCACUCACAAGGACAGGACAAGCACGGAAUGUGAUAUCAAAGGAGUAUUGCCCGGCCAGAAAUGGUUCCUCAUGCCAGGAAGUGACGAACAGGACAACCCGUCACAGAGCGCUAAUGGCUUUGCUAUCAGGGCGUUCCAGAUUGGGGAUGAGGGAAGCAGCCAGGCUGGAGAAUUAGAGAGAGAACUUGGCAGGAGGCCGAAGAAGGUCUGCAUUGUUAAAGUGGUGGGAACCAGGAACCUGUGGAAAAACAUUGUUGUGCUGUGUGUUAAUUCGCUGACUGGCUAUGGGAUACACCACUGCUUUGCAAAGAGUAUGAUGGGUCACGAAGAUAAGAUGUCACUCACCAACAAUUUCUAUGCGGACUACUAUACCAUGGCAGGGAUAACGCUGGCAUCCUGCCUAGCCAUGUGCCCUGUUGUUGGAUUCCUUGGGCGAAGAGGGGGAUUGCUGCUCUUCAUGAUCCUCACUGCUCUGGCUUCACUUUUACAACUAGGUCUUCUCAACUUGAUAGGAAAAUACAGUCAACUUCCAGACUCAGGUAUGAGCGACACUGUAAAAGACAAAUUCUCUACAGCGUUUUCCAUCGUCGGUAUGUUUUCAUCACACGCAGUAGGAAGUCUCAGCGUUUUCUUCUGUGCAGAAAUCACACCAACAGUUAUAAGGGGCGGUGGGCUUGGCCUCGUCCAGGCUAGCGCAGGCUUUGGCAUGCUCACGGCGCCCAUCAUGGAGCUCCACAACCAGAAAGGCUACUUCCUCCACCAUGUCAUCUUUGCCUGCUGCACCCUCAUCUGCAUCAUCUGUAUCCUCCUCCUGCCCGAGAGCAAAAACCAGAACCUGCCGGAGAACAUUCCAGACGGCGAACAUUACACCCGCCAGCCCCUCCUGCCGCACAAGAAGGGGGAACAGCCUCUGCUGCUGACAAACUCCGAACUCAAGGAUUACUCUGGCCUCCAUGAUUCGGCCGCCGCCGUGAACGACGGAGUGACCGAGAGCGUCACUGCCAACGGGAUGAAGGCGAUGUAGCUGGCCGGCUGGAGGAGAAGGCACUUUUGAUGGGGCAGUGCUUUCCACGAGAGGUUUACAGACCAGUGAAAUUAAAGGGACAGAUACAUGGGGGGGGGAAUGGACUCUGCUGCUAAAGCCACUUUUCGUAGGAAUCUUUUGAUUGGGGUGCAAAUUGCUUUGGAAACAGUAAUGGGGGGGGAAUGCAUCCUCAAAGCAACUGGCUGGAGACAAAACUGCCCGUCGGAACUUUUCUUUUCUUCCUGCCAUGAAAUGUUUCUAUUUAUUUUAAUGAUUCUCCCCGCCAUGAAGCACUUUAUUCCCUUUUCUCCUUUGUUGACCACAAACAUGAAGCCGCGUUGUUCUCCGUAAGAGCAGACAUUCCAAGAUAGAAAUCAUGAGAUUCGUUUUGCUUUUUAUUGUCUCUUUUUGUGCUUUUGUUGGAGGAAUGAAGCAUCUCCUUGCUGCGACAAAGAAUUAUUUGGACUACUGACGUUUUAGGUUCAACCAGUUUUCUUUGUCUCUCCAGAUAAUCCAGUCCUCCCUACCACCACCCCAUCUUGCAGUUUACCUACUGUAUAAGUGUGCAUACAAAGCUCUCACUUAAAAUUCCAACUCCAUUCUAGGCAGCAGAAAUAGAGUUUGGUUAGUGAGCUGUAGUCUGUUUUUUAAAAAGCUGUUUUCUAAACUUGAAAAGUGGAAGAGUCCACACAUUGGUUGCAGUUUCAAGUCUAAAAGAAACCACUGCACAAGCAAACUACGUUUUUUUCCAAUGGAGAUCAGGCAUGUGGAUUUAAAAGAGGAAUGUUAUAGGGAAUUCUUACAGGUGUUUAUUAAUAAUAAUAAUAACAACAACAAUAAGCAAUUUCAAAAUUCGUUACUCAGUGGUAAACAAGGCUUUACCUGAAGUGGUUCUGACCUAACACAGGUUCUAGGGACUAUAAGGUAGUGCUUUUUCUAUGAGAAUAUCUCCAAUUUGGGAAGGGAAAAAGAUGGCCCAGAAGGGUUUAAGACUUGAACAUGCUUGGUCCAGAAGUGGCUAGACUGGAAAGUUCUGUCUAUCCCAACACUGGCUCAGCUGCGACCCCUCCCUGUCCCCCAAAGACUGAUUUUAACGGACUAAUAUGAGCGAUAAGCUGUAAAUGGAAUGAUACGAUAAAUUAAUGCUUCAGAUUAGGGGAAGAGGAGAUGGGGAAUAAUAAGCCAAACAGGCUCUUUGGAUGUUUAAUAGAGACCAGAGUGGUUUCCUUAUGAGAUUUGUAAUAGUGUUUUUCCAAGAAUAGGUAUCAGCCGGCUGCCAUUUUCCAACGUGAAAGCUUAUGGGAAAUGGCCACUUGAAGUGCACCAAAAUAAAAAUCCCAAGUGCUCUUGUAGGAUUUCUCCUCCCCUCCACCCCCAAUAAACAAAUGCAUUGGCCCCAUAUGGUCCACUUGGCUGAAAGCAGACGUCCCCUGAUCCUAAAUGUAUUUAGAGACUGAAAUUCAACAGAGGUUGUUCUUGCUUAAUAUGGGUUUAGGAUCAGGAUGUCAACGAAGCAAAAAAAAGAAAAAAGAGCAACCCACCAACAGCCUUCUUCCUUCCUCUUCCACCAAAAGCUAGCAACGAUUUAAAUGUUCCUAACACAAACAGAUGUUGGCUGCUCAAGCCGUGUUCAUUGCGCAAGAGCUUUGCAGAGCCAGCUUUGUGCAAGGAUGUUCUGGAGUUGCAGCUACUUUGCUUAUAGUUAACUGUCCCCUUCCCUCCCCUUCCACUCAGACCAUGCAUUUGUGAUUGCCCAGUGGUACAGCCAUUUAAAUGAGUGCAGCAGCCAGAUGUGUGGUGGCGUGUACAUC